AUGGACCUUGAGUACAGCCUUCAGGAUGUGGUACGGUGUCAUCUCUGUGAGACCCCGGCCCCACCUCUGUGCUGUGACAUUUGUAACAAAUAUUUGUGUAAAGCCUGUGAGGAGAACCAUCUCUCUGAUCUAUCCAAAGAUCACAAAGUGGUGCCAUUUGAAAAGAGGGGUUUUACUCCAAAGUGUCAAAAACAUUCCUUAAAAAUGUGUGAACAUUACUGUGAACAAUGUGGCAUUCCUAUUUGUGCAGCAUGUCUUUCUUCUGAAGAACACAAUGACCAUAAAUGUAUUGAAAUAACUAAAAUCAUGGACAACAAGAAAGAAAUAAUUCAAAACGAUUUACAGGAUCUAGAAAAAAACAUUUAUCCCAAAUACCAAGAGAUUGUAUCUAAAAUCCAAGUUCAGAAAGCUGAUCUGAAUAAAACUGCAAAGAUAUUAAUAACAUAUAUCGACAAACAUGGAGAGGACUGGCAUAAAGAAAUAGACACCGUUAUACAGAAACUGAAAUCUGAUCUUGAUGAAAUGGACACAAAAUAUUUGGAUGUUCUAAAUAAAUGGGAAAUUAAAAUCACACAAACCAUUUCUAAAAUCACACAGAGCAUUGCUGAUCUAAAGAAAUCACUGGACUCCAAUGAUGUCAGCCUUGUGUCUGCCUACAAAUCAAUAAAUGUUGAAUUUAGAAGAUUGCCUCCUAAAAUCACAGUCUCCUUACCAAGUUUUACACGUCAGAAAAUCAACAAGGAACUUUUUCAACAGUUUGGUUCUUUGUCAGCGUUAUCUUUCAAAAUAAAAGAAAAUGGUUACACAAUGGAUUCUCUCGGUGCUGAUACCUCUUCCUCAGACAGACCGCUCAUUGAUGUACCAAGGAUCAUCUCGGAUAUAAACACUGAGUAUGGAGAAUAUAAACUACAUACUGUGUCGUGUCUGAGUGAUGAAGAUAUAUGGACGUGUGGUAAUGAUAACGUCAUUCGACUCUAUAACCUCCAAGGAGAAAUAAUGAAGUCAAUCCAAACCCAGUCGGGGAACUGGCCACUGGACAUUGUGGUGACAAGGAAUGACAAUGGAGCUCAUGAGGUAGUAGUGGUCAAUCAGGCCGGAAAACUCCGGUUUACUUACACUGGUCCUCCCUCUACUACCAAGGGAUCAUUUAGUCCACUCGGCAUCACAACAGACAGCCAGAGUCAUAUCCUUAUAGCAGACUACAACCAUAUCCACAUCCUGAAUCAAGACGGGAAGUUCCUCUGCUACAUUGACACGUUUGGUUUAAAGACUCCAUGGGGUUUAUGUGUUGACAACAGAGACAACCUUUUUGUGGCUGAACACCACAAAGGUUUCUAUUGA